GAAAAGCAGAAAAAAUGGGAGCGGGUGACCGGGGCACACUUGCCUGUAACAAGCAGCUGUGUGAGCACUUUAAAGUAACCUCCCAUUACUGGUAGGGCAGCCUGUAGCUCUGGAGGUGUCUGGACACUCCGCCAAACCCACGCACUUUCCCUGCUAAACGCUCAGACUCCCCGCGGCUCACACAUUAUACCCUGGUUUACUCUGUGAAGAAUGACUACUUAUCGAGUCUGAGCACCUGCAGAAAGAAAGAAAGUGAAGAAAAGCCUUGAAGGUGUGAAUUAAAUAAUACCAAAGUGGCAACGCAUCUCGCCGAGGCUGGCCUGAGAUGGCGAGGGUCAGUAUGGUGACGGAUGCUGAGCUGAGUGGACGGACGCCGCGCACUCCUCCGCCGCCAGCUUUGUAGUUCCUGUCUCUCACGUUGUCUUAACAGUUAACUAUUUUGUCAGUGGUCAAGGCGUGUGCGUGUCGGUGUGUGCGCGUGGUGGCGGCAGCAGAGGAAAGUCAGAUUCCCUGUUGACACCACCACGUUAAAAGCUGUUGACACCAAUACCACCAACGGGUUGACUGCAGCAGUAGACCUGACACCACUGAGGCUGAAGGCACAACCACGGCUGUAACGCUCCUUAUCGACCCUACACCACCCAAGGGGGUGUAAUACAGACCUCAAGAGUUCGAUUUUACCCCGAAGGCCCUGACAUCACCAACACCAUGCUGAAGUUUCGCGUCACCAACAGCACUAAAGCCAGACGGGCGGCGGAGGCUCAAAGAAAAGCCCUGGAGGAGAAGUUGCAGAUGGAAUGGGCCUGGAAGCCGAUGGCCGCCAUGAUGAACGACGCCCAGUCAGAUCUGGUGUACUGGAUCCCGCCUCUAUACAGCUCUAACCUUCUGGCAGCCGCCGCCGCAGCAGCAGCAACACCACAGUCGCGACGUGCCUCUGCCGUUGCCGCAGCAGCAGCAUCGCAGUCUCGUCGCGCCUCCGCCGUUGCAAUCCCUCAGCCACGUCGCUCCUCUCUGCCUCGUUCUUACGUAAGUGGAGUACCCACCCCGCCUCGCCGCCCUUCCCUCACCCGCACCACCCUCACUCGACCCUAUGGAGGUUCCUCGCAGAGGAAAAGGCGCCUGGCCCAAAGGCGCCCAAAAAUGUCUCUUGGUAAUAUCACACCCACCGAGAUCAACGUAGUUCCUCCUCCACCAGAGGUGCACUGCCGUGCAUGCGAACACGAAGCGGAAAUCACAGCCUCCGGAAACGAUACCGACACCGACAGCGGCAUGCACGAAGCCGCUGCCCACGAAUUGCCCGGUUUUCCCCUUCAGCAACACUCUCAUGAUCCCCAUCACCCACCACACUACUCCUCCCAGCCUCACCACGACCACCAGGCUCCCCACGACCCACAGCAAGAGCAGCAGAUGCCUCCCCCGUACUCUCAGGACCACAUGUCACACAUGCAGGAUCACCAGCAGAUGUCCAGUGGUUAUUCACAGGAGCACCAGAUUCAAGGAUACCCACAAGACCACCAAGCACCAGGAUACUCACAGGAACACCAGGUCCCCGGCACUUAUCCGCAGGAGCACCAGGUCCCCGGCACAUAUCCACAGGAGCACCAGGUACCCGGCACCUAUCAGCAGGAACAUCAAGUGCCCAGUACUUAUCAACAAGAGCACCAGGUGCCUGGUACUUAUCAGCAAGACCACCAGGUGGCCGGUACCUACCCACAGGAGCAGCAAGUCCCCGGCAGUUACCCAGAAGGCAGCUAUUCCCAGGACCAUCCACACGCACAAGACCACCACCACCACCAGCAGCCACAGGACAUAUCUCAGGAGCAUCAAGAUCAUAUGCUUCACCAGCAAAUCUUGUAUCAUGAACAUCAACUGCAGCAGCUGCAGCAGCAACAAUAUCAGCAAUACUACACGCACCAGUAUCAUCAGCAAUACCAGCAGAAGCAGCAGCAGCAACAGCAGCAGCAGCAACAGCAACAACAGCAACAGCAGCAGCAGCAACAGCUCCAGCAACAACAGCUUCAUCAGCAGCAGCAACAGCAGCUUCACCAACAACAGCUUCACCAGCAACAGCUCCAUCAACAACAACAUCAACAGCAUAUGCAGCACCAACAUCAUGCUCAGCAUCCACACCACCAGCACCACCAGCACCCAGGACCACCCCCGUCUCAGUCGCAGCAGCACGCACGACAGUUCCAACACCACCCGCAGUGUAAGCAGCGCCACAUGCAGCAACAUCCGAUAUCCACCAUCAACGAGGAAGGCUCAGUGACAGCCAGCAUCACACCUUCCGCUGCUCACCAAGCUGCCAUCGCCCGUCAGCGUCCCUUCCGCCGCUCCACCAUCAAACGCAAGUAUGUCCACGAACCAGACAUCGUGCGGCGACACUCAGAGCCAGUUAACAAGCCCAAGAGCGCGCCCACGCUGCUCAGACUCUUGGAGAAGGUCUCCCAAAUUCACAGUGUACCUUUUAAGGCUGGUACUUCUAAAAACAAAAACAAAGCUAAGAACUUCUUCUCUCGUGACGCCGAAACUCGCUGUUACGGCAGCAAAAAGAUAAAACGUCCUUCUGUUAAGGUCUACAAUGCUCCUAGCCGCAUGUCCAGCCGCCGCUCAAAGUCCUCACAGGAAGAGGAUCCUCGUUUCUUUGUGUCCCUUGAUCAGCAGGCUGGAAUACCCCCUAUUCCCACACCCGUGGCGGCAGCAGCUGCAGAAGCCGCAAAGGGGCCACAAGCUGGAGCCAGUAAAACUCCCCGCAAGUCACUCUCUGGUGACACUUUUGAAUCGCGUCAUGCUCACUUACAGAUGGUACUGCGGCUACUGUCACAACUUUACCAGGACAAGGUGGGCCGCCAGGACACAGAAAUCAAGAUGCUCAAGACUCGCGUUCAAACACAAGACAAACACCUCAAGAAGAUGGCCAACCUGCUGCUGCAGCUCCGCGAGGAUGUGGCCAAGCUGAAGAGCUUCCAUCAGCCUCAGCAUCAGCAACAGCAACAACAGCAGCAACAAGUGCCGCGAGACCCGAGCCAGGUGACUGCCAAGGACCAAACAACCACCACUCUCCUUAGCAUCAAGGUGGGCGACGAAGGAAAGACCACUAUUGAUGUGUAGCAUAAGCUUCCUCCCCCUCCCCCCUCCUUCUCCACCUGCCCCGACCUUCCCCUAUCUCCAUCCCCGAUUCCAUCCACACCUUCUCAACCUCCAACCCCACUUCCCACGCCUCCUCCCGCCCGCGCUUCUAACCCAAGCCUACAUACAUUGCAAACUGGAGCCUCUUCCCCCAUCACACAUCCCUCACACCCGUCACCUCAGUCUUCCUGUAAUUCUCCCUCCCUUUCCAUCCGCUCCACUCCUAGUCCACGCCAUUCACCCCGGGCAUCGCCCUCCCCACGCUCCCCACAUCUCCCAACUGGUCGCUACGGCCGUCCCACCUUCCACACAUUCCGCCCCGGGACUUCAUCACCAUCGUGUAACUCCCCUCUGCGCUCCACUCCCAGUCCUCGUCCCUCCCCACGCGCCUCGCCUAUUCCACCCUCCCCUGACACUGGACCACCCACACCUAAGAUUUCUCCCGGACAGCAGCACGGGAAUAUUACAAAGGGCGAAAACAUAAAUACACCCUGAAGUCAAUAAAGUAUGUGCAACCACGCUCCAAAGUGUCCACGUAAGCAAGCGCGCGCGUACACACACACACACACACACACACACACACACACACACACACACACACACACACACACACUCCUUGGUGCUCAAGCUGGACUCUAGAUCACAAAUGUGCGCGUCUCAAAGGAUCAUAAUAAUACUCAGUGUUGACAAGAAGUACCACGUAGGUACACAAGUAGCUCAUGCAUAUACUAUAUAUAUAUAUAUAAUAUGUGUAAUAGAGGACUUGGUGUUUGAAGUUUAUAUACAUAUAUACAUACACGAAGAUAAAUACUAUUUUGAAAUCAAUGCCUGUCAGAAUUAAUGCUCUAAAGAUUUCAUGUCACCUUGGCUCCCAAUCUACAAUAUUAUUUUUCUGAAAACUCUUGGUGUUUAUACGUAUAUUAGAUCGAUGUUCAAGAUGGAAGUACACACACACACACACACACACACACACACACACACACACACACACACACACACACACACACACACACACACACACACACACACACACACACACACACACACACACACACACACACACACACACACACACACACACACACACACACACACACACACACACACACACACACACACACACACACACACACACACAUAAUCCUGAUGUUACCCUUAAAUUACCAUUAUAAUGAUGACAAUAGUUAUAACAAUAAUAAUAGUAUUGAUAACGAUAAUGAUAAAAAAUAGAUAAUAAUAAUAAUAAUAAUAAUAAUAAUAAUAAUAAUAAUAAUAAUAAUAAUAUUAUCAUUAUUAUUAUAAUAAUGACGAUAUGAUGUUAAAAAGAAUGACAGUGAUGAUGAUGAUAAUCAUGAUAAUGAUCAUGAUAAUAGUAAUGAUAUUAUUGUAAUAAUCAAUAAUGACAAUUUAAAUACCAUUUAUUGUGAGGAGUGGUGAGCCGCCUCCUGGCUCUUGGUGCUCCGCCGGAAGCACCACCCACACCCCGACCCAAUAGUGUGUAAGUGUGACGCGGGGCGCGAUGCAGCGUCACCUGUGUUGCGCUGGCGGGCAGGGACGUGGCGGCUCCGUGAAGGUCCAGAAGUGGCCGAGACGAUGAUGGCCGAGAUAAACAGGUGCAUGCCAACACCUGUGUAAACUCCUUGAUUAAUGGUCACAGUGUUUUGUGUGUGUGUGUGUGUGUGUGUGUGUGUGUGUGUGUGUGUGGGUGUGUUGCCUGUCUCUCUGUCUUAUCUGUCUAUCUGUCUGACUGUCUGUAUGUUAUCUGUCUGACUGUAUGUUACCUGUCUGUGUGUAUGUAUGUUACCUACCUGUCUAUCUGCCCGUACGUCUACCUGAAUAUUGAUGUUGUAUCCAGACGGAUGCACCUUCCCCAGCCGCCCUAUCGGGUCCGGCCGGGGCGGAAUAGCAAUAUCGCGCUAUAUUGCACACAGUCAACGUGGUCUUGUACUUCCCUUUUUACCUCCGCCAUUUAUACCUCGGCCAUUUCUGCACGACACACUUGUAGUUGACUUAAUAUUGGACUCUUUGUUGUCAAAUGAGAAUAUCUGUUGUCGAACAAGAUCCCUUCGUCAGGCUCCAGUAACACGCAGGCGCCCCGCUCACAGCAAAAAUUUGGGUAUUAAUACCGAUCACGUUCAUUCAUUUGUUGUUCACGGCGCCGAGACAAACUAUUUGGCUUCAGUGUUUCAGCAGGUCUGUGUAGCAUAGUCUGUUGUUUUACCGGAAAUGACGUCAUUGUUGUUGCCAAACUGAGCAUAGAAUUUUUUUUCGAUCACAUCUCGUCGGUACCCCUUCCCUCUCCCUCCCACCUUACGUCCACUCACUCCUCACGCCUCGCCUUCGCCUUGUUUGCUCUGUGGCAAAUCGCAGACACAUCUAGUCAUUUUUUACAGUUUUUUACAUUCGUACUUGACAAAACUGUACAAUCUACUCUGCCCAAGCUGCCCCUUCUCCUCGUCUUCUACAAAUAUUCUUGGGUAUAUCUCAAAUGUACGAAUCUUUCAAACUAUUGUUCUUACCUAGUGAAUGUUAGUAGAAAAAAAAUAUAUUUGUUCCCUGUUAAAAAAAAGAUUUAUCUGUUAUGUGAAAGGAAAGCAUAUAUAUUAUCCUUAAACGUUA